AUGAAUACUUUAUUAAUGUUAUUUAUUUUUGUUCCUAUUUUAUCUGUUAUAUUACUUGCUUUAAAUUUAUUAUUAGCUCCUAAAAAAGCUGAUGAGGCCAAAGUAUCUGCAUAUGAAUGUGGUUUCAACGCUAUCCCUGGUCAAACUAGAUCCACUUUCCACAUCCAUUUUUAUAUAGUGGCUAUGUUAUUUUUAGUAUUCGAUUUGGAAAUAUUACUUCUAUUCCCUAUAGCUGUAACAUUAUAUCAAGUAAGUACUUAUGGUUUUUCUAUAGCUUUAAUUUUCUUCAUUGUUUUAACUAUUGGUUUCGUAUUAGAAAUCGGUAGUGGAGCUAUCUCUAUGUCUACACCUGGAAAUAAU